AUGAAGCAGAUGUAUGAGUUGUUCCCCUUCAGGGAACUCGCGUUGCUUCCCAAAGCGUUUCUGACGCAGCUCAAGUUCCCUGAAGAGGAACCAUGGUUGCUGUACAACCAGCCGAGUGCGUUGGUAAGUCGGACAGAUGUUGCUUCUGUGUCACCGUGGUCGGCUCCGAUCAUUUGGGAGGGAACCUUUGACCCCGCGCUGAUCGACUCUAUCUACAAACAACACAAUCUCACCAUAGCGACCACUGUCUUCGCUUUGGGAAAGUACACACGUUUUGUCAAAGAUUUUCUGGAGUCAGCAGAGCAGCAUUACUUUGUCGGAUUUCGAGUGCAUUACUACUUGUUCACAGAUCAGCCAGAAUCAGUGCCUGAAGUGAAGAUAGGCGAAAACCGCAGUCUGACCGUUUUAAAGGUUCAGAGCUUGAGCAGAUGGCAGGACAUCAGCAUGGGCCGGAUGGAAAAGCUGGAAAAACUAAUAGAGAACGAACUGGCCAGUGAGGCCGACUAUAUUUUCUGCCUUGACAUAGACACAAAGUUCUAUGCCCGGUGGGGCGCGGAGUCUCUGGGUCGUCUGGUAGGCACGAUACAUCCUUGGCUCUAUGACACUCCGAGGGAUCAGUUCACAUAUGAGCGGAGACCAGAGUCUCAAGCAUACAUUCCAGCAGGGGAAGGUGAUUAUUACUACGCUGGGGCUGUGUUUGGCGGCUCGUUGGAGGAUGUGCAUCAUCUCACCAAAACCUGCCGAGAGAAGCUGAGCAUUGACGCUGCAAAUUCCAUUGAGGCGGUGUGGCAAGAGGAGUCUCACCUCAACAAGUAUUUCCUUUUGCACAAACCUAGUAAACUUCUCUCUCCUGAAUACAUGUGGCGGGACAUUAAUAUAAGUGCUGCCCAAAUAAAAAUAAUUCGCUUCACUAAUGUACCGAAAAAUUACGCCGAAAUUCGUCCAAACCCGUAACAAAACACUGCCAGACAUCAGCUUCGCUGGCAUGGUGUUUUCUCACAGGCCUACCAUAACACUUCGGGAAUAUGAAUGUGGCACCAAAUUCAUUUUAUAUAAAAACUCACAGUACGAACUUAUCAAGCUUUUUUCAAUACUCUUUAUUAGUUGCGCGUAUUGAAAGCACCGGCGACCCUUUGUUUUAUGAAGAGAGUUGAGGGCAAAUGUUUAGGGAGCUACAAAGUCCGAAGCUGAAACCAAUUGGAAACUUUGAAUGAUAUUUUCUGGGAACUACUGUAUAUGUAAAAAUAUGUGCAUACGUUUAGAAAAAUCUAAAGCUUUACAAAUAUUUUUAUAAAUACAUUGGGAUUCCUUGCAUUUGUAUAAAUAUAAAUGUAUUUACGAAUGCAAAUUUUUAUAUAACUAAUUACAUUUUUAACUAUUGUAUAGAAAAUAGCACACUAAAAUGAGCUGGAUGAUGACAUCACUGAAUCAAUGAACCGACUUUAACAAAAAUAUCAGUUUGCUAUCGUCCUCUCGCAUUAACAAUGCACUAUUUUCCUGUUUUAAUGCUUUGACGCACUGUAUUAAAACACAAUAUAAAUAAAGGGGGCUUGAUUUGACUAAAC